AUGGAUGCAGGCAGGUUUGAUAAUAGUAAUUUUAGAUAUAAAACUAAAACAAAUAAUUAUAAAUGGUUUUACUCUGAUAAAAGAACGAGAAGAUACAACCAAAAUGAAUUUUUAGGGUUUAGGCCGGAACAUUCCUCUUAUAAUAGGUAUGAUCAGACUUUUUACCAUAAUAACUCAUGGAAAAGAAGAGGCUUGCAUAAAUACAAUGGGAAUAGAGUAUAUAAUAGUCCAAGUAUUCAAGAAAGAUCGACUUUUGAAUGGAUGAAGCAGUAUGAAAGCAUGUUAUGGGAUACUUAUGAAGAUGUGAAAUUGGACUCUUGUAGACAAAAUGAAAGUACAAACAACAAUAAUUUGCGUUUUUAUUCUAAUAUAAGAAAUAACACAAAAAAUGAGGAUACUAAUGAUACUAGCAAUAAUAGCGAUAAUCAAAAAUCUUAUGAUAUACCUGAAGAAAUAAUUGUUCAGCAGAAAAAACUAUUGGAAUCCAGGAAGAAAAAUACAUGCAUAAGAUGUCUUAAAAUACAUCCCCAAGAAAAAUGUAAAAAAUUGAGAUGCCAUAUAUGUUCUAGCAGAUUUCACUAUGUACAAGAUUGCCCCUGGAGGAAAAAUUCAGAUGACUCCACUAGGUUAUGUGAAUCAUGUAACGGAGGAAACUAUUAUUUGAAUUCACGUUUGGACUUUUCAACUUACAGAAGGCUAGUUUGCAGUAAUCAUAGUAACAAUAAACACGAAAAUAUGUCUUCAGAAGUAACAAAAAAUACUCGUAUUCAUCCAUGUAUUAAGAAGGGAUAUGAAGAAAGUAUAUUAAUUAUAGGAGAUAAGGAUUCCACGGAGACAAUUAAAGACUUAGAUAUUGAGUGCUAUAAUUGUUCUGGAACUGGCCAUAUUAUUUGUAAAAAUGAAGUUCCUUUCAAGGAUGUAGUCAAAAAAGCUUACUGUGCUCUUUGUGGAAAUGUUGGACAUAAUUAUCAACUUUGUAAUAGAUUUAAGGCAAAAUUUAACGAAAAUAUCUCUGGAAAUAACAGCUUAGGAAAUAAGAAAUACUAUCAUUCAAAUGAAAAUGAUGAGAGUGAAAGUGAAAGUGAAAGUGAAUGUGAAUGUGAGAGUGAAAGUGAGAAUGAGAUUGAGGGUGAGAGUGAGAGCGUGAGUGAGGGUGAUGAGGAUGAAGAAGACUAUGAGGAUGAGUAUGACGAAAAUGACGAGGAUAACGAUAAUGAUGAGGGCAAUGAGGAUAACAAGAGCGAAGAAAGUUAUAAGAACGACGAUCUUGAAGAUAGAAAUUACGAUGAAGAAGAAGAAGAGAUUGUAGUUGAUGAAGAUAAAGCAAUAGAGCAUACAAGCGCAAAUAGUUUUAGAAAAACAACAAACGGAUCUCGUGACUACGAAAUUCUGGCAAACAUCUCAAAGAAAGCAAAGACAAAACAAUUAGAAGAAAGGAUUAACCUAUCAAAGAGUAUGGAAAGAGAUCCUAAUUAUAGUGAGUGUUUUAGUAGUGUUAGUGCAAGCAGCGAAAGUGAAAUAGACACAAAUCAUUUUUUAAAUCAAAAAAAUGAAGCAUUUCACAUAAAGAAAACGAAAUCUCAAUUUGAAAGUAAAGUAAAUCCUUUCCAUAGGUUUAAAAGGGCAAGAAAUCCCUUUAAAAAUAAAUCUCUUUUUAAAUUAAUGGGUAAUAGUAACAGUAAUCAAAAUGAAUCUAAAAUUAAAUCAGCGUUUGUUAGAAAUAAGAACAUCUAUAAAUCUAGGAAAAAGUCAAGAAGAUCCGCUUCUAGAAGUAGAAGAAAGAAUAUAUCUGUAACUUUUAUUAGCUUAGAAGGACGAAUUUCAGUUGGAUUUUUUAUUAACAAUUUAUUAAUAGAAAUGGAGGUCAUUCCAUCCGAGUAUUGCGAAAAACUUAUAUUUCAAGGGGCAGAAGCUAGAAUAUAUGAGACGACUUUAUUAAAUAAAAAAGUUGUGAUUAAACACAGAUUUGAAAAGAAGUAUAGGCAUCCCCAAUUAGAUAAAAGUCUAAGAACCAGUCGUAUUUUGAGAGAAUCUAGAAAUCUAGUAAGGUGUAACCAAAAGGGUAUAAACUGCCCAAAUGUUCAUUUUGUUGAUGUUGACAAUGGAAUAAUCAUUAUGGAUUACAUACAAGGAACAACAUUGAAUGAUUACUUGAGUGAUAUAAUGUUGAAUUCUAGUAAUUAUGAUUUAAAAUUAUCAGGAAAUGCAAUCUCAAAACUACACGGCCAAAUAAUUCAUGGAGACCUGACUACUUCAAAUAUAAUAAUAAGCAAUAACUUUAAUCAAAGUGAAGUAAUUUUUAUUGAUUUUGGGUUAAGUUACUCUGAUUCUUUGACUAUAGAAGAUAAAGCCGUUGAUUUAUAUGUACUGGAAAGGUCGCUUGAAGUUACACAUCCAAAUAUUAAGAUUAUGGACAAUAUUCUAAGCACAUAUUGUAAAGCACACCCAGACGGAAAGUCAAUUCUAAACAAGUAUAAACAAGUUCAAGCAAGAGGAAGAAAAAAGGACUAA